GCGUGACCGUGACGCCGCGAUGCCGCGACGCGCGACGACACAGCCGUCCCCGCGUCCCCCUCCGAGCUCCGUACAUGUCACUACAACGCGUCUGCAAGCUACAAGCUGCAAGCUACAAGCUGCAAACUGCAAGCUGCAAGCUGCGAGGUUACAACUGCCACCUCCGCCACGCUGACAGUCGCAGCGAGGAACUCUUCCACAUGACCAUUGAGCUCUCACAAUGCCUCACAUGAUGAAUUAACACACCUUCUCAUAGAUAUGCAGAAGCAUUAACAGAAGCCUUAGU